GUGAAGUGCUCAAAGUCUGAAAGAGAAGUUAAAAGAGCUAGGCAAAAGACAAAUAUGACGACCUAAAGCGGAAGGGGACGAGACCCGUGGACUGCAGUGCAGACGCUGUGAGACGCUGAGACAUGACGGGCAGGCGGGUUCGGGUGUGCAAAGCUUGACCCGCAUGUCGAAAUCGGAGAAGGCAGAAAAACAGCAAACACAGAGCAGAAAAACAUUCAUCCUGAGAUCAUGGGGAGUGUUAGUGAAUUGUGCGUGUCCAGUUUUCAAGCUUUCUUGUGUCCGACGUUACCAAGGAGUCUUUCAGUGCCUGACGACCUCACGCCUGAGGAGCAGAAAGAGCUGGAAAACAUCCGCCGGCGAAAGCAGGAGCUGCUGGACGACAUUCAGCGCCUGAAAGAUGAGAUAGCCGAAGUGACUAGUGAGAUCGAGAACCUGGGUUCCACAGAGGAGAGGAAAAACAUGCAGAGGAAUAAACAAGUGGCAAUGGGUCGCAAGAAAUUCAACAUGGACCCCAAAAAGGGCAUUCAGUUCCUCAUUGAAAAUGACCUUCUGAAGAACACCAGUGAAGACAUUGCACGCUUCCUCUACAAGGGUGAAGGUCUUAACAAAACUGCAAUAGGAGACUACCUGGGAGAGAGGGAUGACUUCAAUAUCCAAGUCCUUCACGCUUUUGUGGAGCUGCAUGAGUUCACAGAUUUGAACCUGGUUCAGGCUCUCAGGCAGUUUCUCUGGAGCUUCAGACUUCCUGGAGAGGCACAGAAGAUCGACAGAAUGAUGGAGGCGUUUGCUCAGCGCUACUGCCAAUGCAACCCGGGAGUCUUUCAGUCCACAGACACAUGCUACAUUUUGUCCUUCGCCAUCAUCAUGUUAAACACCAGCCUUCACAACCCAAACGUAAAGGACAAGCCCACAGUAGAGCGAUUCAUCUCCAUGAACAGAGGCAUUAAUGAUGGAGGAGACCUGCCAGAAGAACUGCUCAGGAAUCUAUACGAGAGCAUCAAGAACGAGCCUUUCAAAAUCCCAGAAGAUGACGGCAAUGACUUGACACACACUUUCUUCAACCCAGACAGAGAGGGCUGGCUGCUCAAACUGGGGGGACGCGUCAAAACCUGGAAAAGACGGUGGUUCAUUCUCACAGAUAACUGCCUUUACUACUUCGAGUACACUACUGAUAAAGAACCAAGAGGCAUCAUCCCGCUGGAAAACCUGAGCAUCCGUGAAGUGGAGGACAAGAAGCCGAACUGCUUUGAGCUCUUCAUCCCUGACAAUAAGGACCAGGUGAUCAAAGCUUGUAAGACCGAGGCGGACGGACGGGUCGUGGAAGGAAACCACACCUUCUACCGCAUCUCCGCUCCCACCGCCGAGGAGAAAGACGAGUGGAUGAACAGCAUCAAGGCGGCGAUCAGUAGAGAUCCUUUCUACGAGAUGCUGGCAGCGAGGAAGAAGAAGGUCUCCUCUAUGAAGAGACACUAGAGCUGCUCGGGAACGCCGGCGUUACAGAUUCAGGGCUCCCCCUCGUGGAGACAGCUGAGCCGUGCAGAGAGAAAAACAAGCCCAGCUUCAGAAAGAAACCUCUUUUCAAACAUCUUCUCGCUCAGCUCAAGUGUGUGUGUGUGUGUGUGUGUGUGUGUGUGUGUGUGUGUGUGUGUGUGUGUGAAUGUUGGAAGCGAGGCUUUUUACUUGCUGUUGCUUCCUCGAAACCCCCCAAAGAGAACAUUUUUCCUCACGCUUUACCAAAAUACACUCUCUCUCUGUCUCUCUCUCUCUCUCUCUCUCUCUCUCUCUCUCUCUCGCGUUCUCUGAAAUCAGCAGGUCUGACAGAAUGUGGAAAACCAAACGAAAGUUCCUACGCGCAGCAAGAACGGGAAGAUUUCCUUCGUGCUGAUGAUAUGUACAGGCAAUAAGUGUAUUUUUACAUUUUUUUAAUCGUGCACGAGCGGCUUGGUCCUCAGAGGUUUAUUUGUGUAUUUAAUUGUAAAAACAUUUUCCAAGAGACUUCUAUAAUUUGCGAAGGAAAACCAACUCCGUGGGGAGGGUGGGGGGGUAACAACACCCCUAGAUUGGACGGCGGGUUACGGUAAACGGCUCCGCAGUGCUUUGAAUAUUGUAACACUGGAUGGUGGCCAGCUAGAGAUUAUGGGAUAUCGACAUUACCGUGAUAUCAUGCAUUGGUACUACCUCUCAGACAGACAGGACGGUAAUUAGCAUAUUUUAAUGUGUUUUUUGUUUGAUUCUAUUUUACGUGAAGUCGUCUAACCCAGAGUGUUUGGACUUUCACAUAAAAUGCUUUUAAUAAAAUGAAUAAAUGUGCCUAUAAUAAGAAGUUCAAUGUCGAUGACUGUCAACGGCAGUUGAAUCAGAAGUCCUCCGGAUGCUCCAGUGCCUGCUUGCGCUUCUCCAGUCACCUUCCUUUUCUUGGGUUUCCAUCGGUCUACAGUUAUUCUUCAAGCGAAAUAAUAAAUCUAAGCAGUAUUGGUUUAAUUUAUCAAAGAUGUACAUACUUUAGUGUAUAGAGAUUAUUGGUUUCCAUUUUAUAAAUGUGUGUACUGUAUGUAGCAGUAUUGUACUAGUCGAGUGCCAUUUUCUUUCUUUUUUCUUUUUACGUUCUGGAGGUCGAUACCAUUGUAGUGGUAGCCAGACCAUGCUGAAAUAAAGAUAUUAUAGCAACUGUG